UUUUUGGUAGCAUUUAUGGAUAACAAAAUCACAAACAAGGAUAUACCGCCAGAAUUGUUUAUAACAACGGAUAGUAAACAACUUGUUCAUGUUAAUAUUUCUUCACCAGGUUUUCACCACUCUUCACGACUUCAUGAAACAUUUACUGUGAAGCAGGGCCAAGUUCACCUAACUCAGCUCGAUCUGAGUUAUCGAUUGAACCAUACGCAAUUAGCAAAGAAAGCAAUACUAAUCAAAUCAGACCAUGAAAUUGUUGUGUAUGGUGUUAACCGAGAACUACAUUCCGAUGAUGGUUAUCUUGCCUUACCUGUUGAUGCGUUAGGCAAAGAAUAUUACACCAUUUCAUAUUCUCCUUCUUACUACUAUACCCUUUUUACAGUCAUCGGGACCGCUCAUCAUACAAAUGUUGCUAUACAGUUACCGAAUACGCCUGGUCUGAAUGUUACUUUAAAGGGAAUCACCUAUCACCAAAAUCAAUGGAUAAAUCUGACUUUAAAUAAAUAUAGUACCUUGGAGAUCAGUUCCGUGGCAGAUUUAACCGGAAGUCAUAUUAUAUCCGAUAAGCCAGUAGGAGUUUUAAGUGGUAACAAAAAAGCAGUAGUAGGUAACACCGGUGGAUCACGUGACCAUCUUGUUGAAAUGUUACUUCCGGUAGACUCCUGGGGGAAAAAUUUUGCCACAGUCCCUAUUCCUGAGAGAUUUAACGUAGGCGAUAUAUUUAAGUUUGUGGCAAGUAAAGACAAUACUGUAAUUACUGUAACUGGCAUGGACCAAGGCGUUCCAUUCAACGAAAAAUUUACUAUUGCUAAAGCCGGACAAUCUGUUCAAAAACAUUAUAGCUCAGGCUUGUACUCUCAUGUUGUCUCGGACAAACCUAUUUCCUUGUAUCAGUUUUCUCUGACGCAGAAGGGUGGCCCUGAUCACGCCGAUCCUUCAUUGAUCACUAUUCCACCAAUUGAACAAUAUGCUGCCCAUUAUACAUUUACUACUCCCGAAUAUUCAAAAGGAAACUAUACAAAUUAUUUCAUGUUUAUUAUAAAUGGUAAUCAGAGAAAUGGCCUCAGACUAGAUAAUCAUCCGUUACCUAGCAACACAACAUACCAUCAGAUACCCGGAAGUAACCUAGUCGCUGGGUAUGUCAGGAUAUCUGUCGGUACACAUACUGUGAAUCAUAUUAAUGACACAGCGGUCAUUGGCGGAAUACUGUUUGGCAAGGCAAAAUUAGAGUCGUACGGAUUUCCUGUUGGACUUUUGCUUACACCAGUUAAUUCUGGUUGUCAAGCUAAAGCGAUGGAUUAUGGCGAUGAAAUUGAUAACGACUGUGACGGUGAAGUAGACGAAGAGGAAUGUGAUGGCAAAGAUGACGACGGUGAUGGCCGAGUUGAUGAAGACUGUAGGUGCUGUGCUCCUCAGGUAGUAGUUGGAAGACGUCGAAAGAGGAAUUUAGUAUAACUGUACAAUAAAGAUUAGUCAUCCACAUAA